AUGGAAGGAAAGCAUAGUUAUACGUUGAAAUUAGUGUGGUUUAUGGUGGGUCUGGUUGGCGCUGCGAUGAUGAUAAGCGGCGGAGUGAAGGCGGCGAUAUCGUGCUCCACGGUGACGUCAGAUUUGAGUGGAUGUCUGUCGUAUGUCACCGGCGGUUCUUCACAGCCGUCAGCCAGCUGCUGCAGCGGCGUGCGCACUCUCAACAGCGCCGCCGCAACUCCACCCGAUCGACGAGCCGCAUGUAGCUGCAUUAAAUCCAUUGCAGGCGAGGUCCCAGGUUUCAGAUGGGAUAGGGCCGGCCAAUUGCCUGCACAGUGCGGGGUUAACAUCGGCUUUCCCAUCACACCUAAGUUUAACUACUCCACGUAA